AUGGGAGGGGUGGUGGAGGCGUGCUGCCUGCAGCCAAUUGACGUGAUCAAGACGCGGCUGCAGCUGGACAAAGUCGGCAAAUACCACGGCAUCGUGCACUGCGGCCGCACCGUCAUCGCUGAGGAGGGGGUGCGUGCGCUUUGGAAGGGGCUCACGCCCUUUGCCACGCACCUGACCCUCAAGUACGCCCUGCGUAUGGGCAGCAACUCGGUGUACCAGAGCCUCCUGCGUGACAAGGACGGGAAGCUGACAGACCUGCGGCGCGCGGGUGCGGGUUUCAUGGCGGGCAUCACCGAGGCGCUGCUGAUCGUGACGCCCUUUGAGGUGGUCAAGAUCAGGCUGCAGCAGCAAAAGGGCUGCGAAAAGACGGGGCUCAAGUACAAGAACCCCAUCCACUGUGCGGCCACCAUCAUCCGGGAAGAGGGGCCGUUCGGGUUGUGGAGCGGGGCGACUCCCACGAUGCUGUGCCUGUUCUGGGCCAAGAACCACAUGGACAGUCUGCUGUGGGACAAGCAUGAGGGGGACGGCAAGAUGCUCACGCCAUUGCAGUCGAUGGCCAGCGGGUUCAGCGCGGCAUGCCUCGGGCCUGUGGCCACAGGCCCCUUUGACGUGAUCAAAACGCGGCUCAUGGCCCAGGGCAAGGAGGGCGGCAGCCUCAGGUACAGCGGCCUGCUGGACGCGCUGGUCAAGAUCCCGCGGGAAGAGGGGAUACGCGCCCUCUACAAGGGCCUGCUGCCGCGGCUCAUGCGCAUCCCGCCAGGCCAGGCCAUCGUGUGGGCCGUCAGCGACCAGAUCACAGGGUACGUGGAGCGGCACGGCAUGGCGUGA